GUAACGAACAAGAUAUUCAUUCUGCGAUUACUUCUAACACAACGUAACUACGAUCGGACUACCUGAAUAACCAAUUACACGGAUGAAAACAUGGGCAUUCUUGUAAAUCACGUUUUAAGUUCAACAAGUAGUGUUUCGAUGUUCUAUAUGGUUGGUCAAAAAGCCUUUGCUAUGUUUUUCUCAAUCAUCACAUUCGGAUCGAUUUCCCUGUGUGUUUCUGACUACUUCGAUGGUGGUGUACUAAAAGCUGCGGCUGUGGCUUUGAACCCUGUUCAAAAACUUAAUGAUAUGAUAAACCACGUACCAGGAGUACAAACUUUACCUGGGUCGCCUGGGUCAGGUCAUACGCAAUCGAUGUCCAAUCAAAAAACGCCUUGUACUUGUGGUGUGUUCCUGAGUAGCCAGAUCACUAAAGGCAGUAGUAAACAGCCAACAGGAUAUGCCGCACUGGUAAACGAGCAAGAUGAACCUGCCGCUUGCAACGCUCUAGGAGUUAAGGCAUGCACUAACAAAUGUUUAGAGAUCAUUGCUAAACAUUUGCCGAACAGUCCGGCAAUAAUCUGUGGCUCAGUAGAUCGUGACGUUUACAAAGAACGAGCUCAUCUUUUCGUCAAAAAUUGCAAUGACUUUUGGAUCAACACGCUUUUGUCUACCGGCAAAGAAUACUGCUGCAAAGACGAUCACUAUUAUAAAUGCCCCAUGUUAUAGGCAUAUUAACUUUCGAAUAAUUUAUUUGUAUAUACUUAGUUUUGUAUGUAAGAUAUAAUAUGUAUUCAGAUUUAAAUCAAUGCAUUUUGUACGUUUUGUAUUAAAAAUAUUUUUUUAAUA